CUGCGGUUGAGAAGAAGUUUAAAGAGAGAUUAAAGGGGCAGCUGCAUACGCGGAACUUAGUUCGGAUUGGGCUGAUUGGGCGACGGGUGAUGCAAAACGUAGUUGUCGACGUUCUAUCGUUUGCGAGUCUAUUUCUGAUGUUUUUACUUGGUGGGUUAUAUUUUGAUCGCCAAACGAAUGAGACGGGUGUGGUGUUCUUCACCGUAGUCUUUACGAUCUUACAAGUCAUCUUCCCGGGGUUUUACUCGAUGUUUUCAUUCUUCACUGCGCUGAACGAGAAGAUGGAAUUUAUGGGAAGGAACAAUCGGGACUUCCAAAUCUACUCGGGGAUGUUUUCAUAUCUCCGGCAGUUAUAUUACUUCAGUAAGAAACGGUCGUGGUUCCAUUUAUUGCCAAUUGUCCUUUUUAUGACGUUACUUCUCUUCUGUUUGUUCUGUAAAGGGAAAAUCGAAGGGUGGGGGAUACUUGUGCCCUUCACUGUCUUCACAUUUGCAUCGACCUUUUUUGGGUGUUUUUCGUGUAAUAUGUUACCAUGGGCAUUUGCACGUCCCAAGUUUGAGACGUGGUGGUUGACACGUGUUGUCCCCUUUAUGUUUUUCGUCUUUGUGAGUAUGUUAUUAUUAGUGUUACAAGCGAGUGGAGUAAUGGAUGGGUAUUACUUUUUAUGUACAUUACCCUUAAUGGUGUUAAUAAUCUUCUAUAUAGUGAUGCAAAGUGUGUAUUGCACCAUCAAUUUGUUAUCAGACACUUUAUUCAAAAGUGCGUGUUUUGGGUGUUAUGAUCCCUUAUUAGAAGAGACUGCACAAGGCACGACGUUAUGUGAGUGUUGUCAAUGUAUUCAUUCGUAUGGGUUUAUAUAUCUGUAUGUGGUCAUUGUCUUUGUGUGUUUAAAAUUUGAUGGAUUGGUCGAUUGGUCCUUUUCAGUGACAAUCAUUCCAAUAGAAAUUUUAAUAGUUGUGGUCUUCAUUUUUGGAGAACUUGAGGCUGUCCUCCCAACUCAAUACUUCGAUUAUUCAUGUGAGUGUUGUUAUUAUAUUGUUGACAAUCAUUAUAUCAAGAUCUGGGAAUAUCCAGUGCUCGAAAAGAUCUUCAAGUUUCUGUGUUGUACAAAUGCGCCAAAUCAUCCGAUUGAAGAGUGUUGUGAUUGA